GUUAUAAUUCAGUGUGCUAGCUUAUCUAAGAAUGAUAAUUUAAUAGAUUAAAAUGAGGAAAACAAUAGAAUAAAAAUCAAUUUGCAGCAUUUCUUUAUGAUAUUAUGCAUGUGAUAAAACAUUUAUAAGAAAUAUAUAUUUGUAUUGAUUGUGUAGAGCGUAAAAGCUUUUUUUAUCUCUUAAAACGUUUCGUUCAUAGCCAGGUUCUCUUUAUUGUAAAGAACAGCGGUCUAGGAAAAAAUAUUUUCUUCAUACGUAUAAAAAAGAAAAACAAAUUUUAUUAUGGCUGACGUUGUUAGUGGCUGGAUAGCUUUUUUAAAAGUAGUCUUGAAUUUAGUCUUGCGAGAAAACUUGUAUUUUAUUUCUUCACCUUAUUUAUUAUUUAUUAGGUUAAAUGCAAAUAAGUUCUGUUUCUAAUGGUUUUCCUAGACAUAUUUCUCCAUUAGAUACCUUUUUCUCUAACUUCUUAAUUGGAAAUACCGUGUUGUUUUGUGUUCAUCUUUGACGAAAAGAUAAAAGGCUCAAUGCUUCCAUACCUUUUUAUGCAAAUUUUAAGUAAUAUUAUCUUAGAUCUUUCUUAACCAUGUUAAUGUUUUUACACGUACUCGUUCAUCAUGUUGUGUAUUUAUUUAGACUAUUGUUACACGAAGAAAUCCUUUAGGGAUUAGUGUUGUAUAAAUAGAUUAUUGUUUCUCUGAAAAAGUCAAUUACGAAUUACUAUGUGAUCGUUAAGUUAAACAUAAUUAAUUGAAGUUUGUUUAUAUCCCUGUUAGUAUAUCAUGUAGCUUAUAAAAGGCAUAGUUAUUAGACUUAUUAACUUGGACAAAUAUAACUCACAAUAAAAUUUGAUAACAAACUAUUUAAUGAGACAUCUUUACAGUAUUCAGGAACUGUCAUGACAAUAAGAUAUUUGUCUUGCCAAUCCCUGACGUUUUUGCUAGAUUUUACAUCGGAUAGCAGUUGUGUCAUUAAAGCACUUGUCGAUUUCUAGAACAAAAAGCGGAUAAAAUAUUUGGAAUAUAGAAAAUAUUUUAAAAUAGUAAGAUUGUAAAUUAAGUCUCAAACUUGUCUCUAAACAAAGAAGAAAUAAUAUAGAGCAAAAAAUAAAGAAAGGAAAAAAAUAAUAAUUAGAAGAAAGAAACAAAAACCUGUGAUUUUUCUUUGUAACAUUUGCUUAUGAAAUUACGUAUGUUAUAAAACAUUUAUAAGAAAUAUAUAUGGCUAUAUUGCUAUAUUAAUUGCGUUGAGCGUACAAACUACAUUUAUUUCUUAAUACAUGCUCGUACAUAGCUAGGUUCUGUAAUCUAUUCUUCAUUUAUAAGAAAAGAAAAAACUCUUUAUGGCUGGUGUUGUUAGUGGCUUGAUGUGCAUAGCUUUUCGAAAUGUAGUUUUGAAUAUUAUGGCUGAAAUUGUCGGUUACUAGAUAGUGUUUUGAUUUUCAGAAUGUAAUGGCAAGAAAAUUUCAUUUCAGGUUUGAGAAUUAAGUUUCUUUGGCAUCAUUUAUUUUUUUAGGUUUAGUUUAAAUACUGUGCAUAGGUUAUGGGACUAAUGGUAUUCGUAGACAUAAAUCUCCCUCUUUGCUAACCUUAUUGAAAUAACGUUACUAGCUACCAAAACAUUUAUAACAUUUGAAAAUAGAGGAAGGCCUUAUGAUGCGAAUUGUUAGGCUGUACUUGAUUCAAUGUAUUUCAAAAAUGAUUGUGGAUGCAUAAUUGUAUGUUGUUCUUCCGUCUGUGUAGAAACAUUAUAUAGACAUAUAACAAUUUACCAGGUCUUCAUAUAAGCGAUAGGUGAAAUUGAGAUGGCAAACGAGAUCAUAAAACUUAACGUUGGAGGUGAAAUAUACACAACAACGCGAUGCACAUUAACAAAAUAUCCACAAUCCAUGCUUGGGGCGAUGUUUACAAAUUCAAUGUCAAUACACCAAGAUGAACAUGGCGCAUAUUUUAUCGAUCGCGAUAAGAAAGUCUUCAAAUACAUCCUGCAAUUUUUACGAUGUGGCAAACUUAUUCUUCCCAGUAACUUUAAAAACCUGGAUUUGUUAAAAACAGAAGCUGAUUUUUACCAAGUUCAACCGUUAAUAAAAGCUGUGGAUGAAUUUGCGACAGAGAAAACAGAAACAUGUCAAAUGGUAGAAACUAGGCAAAGAGGUUUGCUGCUGUUUUCUGCAUCUGGACAUUCUCUCUGUGGACAGUAUUUGAAUCAUAAUUGCGUUUACAUACAAGAUGCUUCAUUUACUUACCAAUCCAAUGCCAUACAAUUCUCAUCUAAAACCAUACAGUUUAUGGAUUUCAAAAACUAUUUAGCAUGUAGUAAAACGUGGAAGUUAGUUCAGACGAACAGUUUAAACGAAGCAAAUGCUAGGGCAUACAUGUUGUCGUUGGGUAUUUCCUACAAGGAAGUAUUCCGUAAUGAUAUUACAUACAGCAAUGUUGCUGUAGAAGAGUGGAGACGUAUUGAUGGAGCUACUAUCGGUGUUUAAAUUUUACUUCAUUUAUAUUGAAGCAGUUUUAUUCAUACUAAAACACUCAUUCAGCAUUUUCCUUGGUCAUUGCAACCACUUUCCUUUAAUAAGUACUUCGCCUGCUUUCUAAGAGACGGUUAUCGAACGAAAUUUGAUAACGGUACGCAUGUUGUAAAGUUUUAUAAAAGAAAUUAUUUAAAAGAAUUAUUAAUUGUGUAUAUAAAGUUAUAUGGCAGGUUUUAAAAAAGACUGUAAAAGACUUGAUGCAGAAUAAUUUAUAGCUAGGAA